GCGGCGCGUGCGCGCGGAACGGGUCACCGUGUGUGUGCGCGAUUUCGCUUGCGGACGAACCGAAAUAAAUCGAAGAACGACGAGACGACGAGAGUCGAUCAGAGAGCAUCAGAGAGCAACGAUCAGCAGUCACAGUGUGUAGUUCGCUGGACGUGCAAGCGCGUCUCGCGUAAUUUAGUAAUGAUCGUGACGAACUGUCGCCGACGCCGUCGUUGUUUGUGGCACAAUCGUACAGAGACGAAACAGCCGUGAUCCGUGGUCGUUCGCGCUCCGAGGCCCGAGCCGCGACAGAGUAGAGAGAGGAGGAUCGAGGAACAACCGCGUCGUCGUCGCACGCUGCUGCAGCGGUCACGGAUGCAUAUGGAGGUGUCCCCGAACCGGCGCUGUCUGAACCAGCUCAACAGCUGAUCGGAGCACGAAGCGGCGGUGAACGGGGCUACUAUCGCACCACCACCCCGCGUUUCGGAGAGAAAUUCGAUUUCGUGUCCGCUGAACGUAAAGAAAAGAAAGGGGAAAUAAAUAAAUUCUCUUCUCGCGUAGAGAAAGACAUCUGUAUCCUUACGCUAGGAUAGAGGAUAGCAGCGAGCAAGAGCGAAGUGUGCUCCCGCUCGCUUGGAUACGCCAAGCCACCAUGGUGAAAACUUUUCAAGCGUACCUACCUUCCUGUCACCGCACUUAUUCGUGCAUUCACUGCCGUGCUCAUCUCGCCAAUCACGACGAACUCAUCUCUAAGUCCUUCCAGGGCAGUCAAGGUCGUGCCUAUCUCUUUAAUUCCGUGGUGAACGUAGGUUGCGGACCUGCGGAGGAGCGAGUUCUGUUAACUGGGUUGCAUGCUGUCGCUGAUAUCUAUUGCGAAUGUUGCAAAACCACGUUAGGAUGGAAAUAUGAGCAUGCGUUCGAAUCAAGUCAAAAGUAUAAGGAAGGAAAGUUUAUAAUCGAACUUGCCCACAUGAUCAAGGAGAAUGGAUGGGAAUGAAGAGCGGAGGGGAAUAGAGAGACAAGUUCUCCGUGCCUCUCAUCAAACUUUUUCUGAUAAUGCCUACAACGUUGUUCUAAUUGCAAUGUGCGGCCCCUCUCUAUUCGAACCACCAACGAAAGUCUGUGAUUUCAUUUGUGAUUUAUAAUCUUAGUAAUCUUCGUUUCGGACGAUUCAACAUCGGUUUGCUGAUCAAAUCGAGCAAGCGAAGAAGGCGAUCGCAGCGAUCCGUAUUCGCCGGUGUGGACACAUUUCACCAAUUAUUGUAAAGAAAUUAUUUUUCAAUGGAAGAAAAGAGUAGAGUAAUAAGACGAUAAUGUUGAAUAAUGGUGGAAUAUGAUAAUGAAGGUGCCAUGGUGGAGAUAAGGAAGCGAGAUCACUCGGUACGAGCAGUGGGGUGCCCCCCCCUUCCUAAUUUUGAUCCAUUAUCUUUGUAGACAUUGCGUGGCAUCGUGUGCAUGUCAACACUGAAUGCUAAAAAUUAAACGUGCGGGGCACCCCGACAAUCAGUUUUAUCUGUUUUACGCACCGGAACAGCGCAAGUGCCACAGACUUUGCCGGACUGAUUGCCUGCCUGCCGCGUCUGUCAUUGGAAUUUCACUGCCGAUAUUCCUAAUAUUAAUUAAGGAAACUACGUUGUAUUUAGAAACGGCGUAGUGGUAGUCCUAGAAUUUAGCGUACAUUAUAGAGUACUAAAGCCUAUAUUACAUAUUAUAGGACCUCGUGGAUAGAGAAAAUAGGAAUAAAUAAAGAAUAACGGAGGCAAGAAGAAUAGAGGAAAGAGAGAAAAAGGAAAGAAUUUGAGCGAGUGAAUGAAAGAAGGUGAAGAGGGGGGAUAGCAUAGAUGUGAUCAAGUUUUGUGUCACGUGUGUAAGUUUGAUUUUAUGUUCAUCAUGCCUGCCAAAUUGUCUGUAAUAUCAUGUUGUAAUAUGUUUCGUAUCCUCUUUAUUGGCUGAAUAGGGUGUGGUAUGAUUGAAUUUUUUGUUGUGAAAUCUUGAAGAUGUUUGUGUAUGUAUGUGUGUGUGUGUGUGCGCGCGCGCGCGCCUUCCUAUAUGCACGUCAUAUGAAAUAUAUCUGAAAUGUAGAGGAAAGGGUGAUUGUUCGUUUCUUUUAAAAUAUCGAUCUCGUUCGUAAAUAUUUUAUGAGAUCCAACUGUGUAUUUACGAGAUUGUUAGUAAUGGUCACGAUUCCCUAUGUAAAAAGAUAGUCUUUCAUCGAGGAUUAAUCUAUUAAUCAUCAAAUAUAGACAAACGUUCGCAAUUGAAUAUACUUACAUUACAUUUAAAUGCAUUCUUAUGCAAUGUAUGAUUCUUGCAUAAAAAGUUCUUUUUCGAGAUAUUACAGACUGGUUAUACGAAUCUGUCAUUUUUGCUAUAUUCCUUGACAAGUUCUUCCGUUGCUAUCUUCUUGUUAUGAUUAUUGAAACGAGAGUUGAUAAAAGUUUUAAACUUAUCAGCAAUUAUUAUAUUUAAUGGCGUUUGCACUUAUGCUAUUAGUGAAAAUCGGAUAAAUACAAGUUACUCUUUCUUACUUUCUCUCUUUCUCUCUCUUUUUCUUUCUGUGCAUGAUACUUAAUGAUUAAACUAAAAACUCGUAUAAAUUGUUGCGUUUAAUCGACUUUUGCAUAGAAAAUUAUUUCUUUUUCACGUGAGUGUUUUAUUAUUAACAGGAAGAUAGAGUUAUUUGUGUUUAUUCGUUAAACGAUAAUUUGUUUAUAUUGUAUGAAAUACUUUAUAUGAUAUAUCAAUGCUCCUCUCGUUUCCUGCACCGUUUUCCACAACAUGAUGUGUAAGCAAAACAUAUGUUUAUCUUUAAAGUGCAUCUAUAUGAAAGUGCAGUGUAUUCAUGCGUCUGUAGAAAAAUGUCUGCCCGCCUAUCUGUUCGACGGAUUGACCGAUGAAUGAAUGAACGAAUGAAUGAAUGUGUCGGCCUAAUAUUCACGCUGUCACUCAGAGUACUUUUUAUAUUAAUGUGCCGAUAUCUCCUUAUCCGCACUCACCUCUUUUCAGAACCUUGUUGAAAUGUACCUAUCGACACUAAUUCCGUAGUCUUCUCAGCCUCCACAACUUCCACCAUCACAGGACUUUGCUUUGUAAAACGUGUUCUUAAUAAAAUAAAAAAAAAAAAACCACAAAGUUGAGGAUAA